UUUUCCGAUAGGUCCUCCAGCCAAUGUACGAUACAUCAUCAAGACCUAUUUUCGGUGGUGGUCGUAGACGAGGUUCUUCCAUUCACUUGGUCUUCUUUUUAUUAAUCUUAUUCAUCAUAGCUCCGGCCUCUGGGUGGACGGGGGCAGGGAGUGAUCCUAUAAUAACGUCGCCUUCCGUUAAUGACGGUCAAAUGAUGAAUUUUAUCGGGAAAGCAUCUGUGAUGCAGCUGGGAGGCCCCCUCGUGAAACCUUAUCACCGCGGAGGGAUCAUCAGCAACACUCCACCAUCCAUCAUUUUUCUAGUCUUGGCAGUAGUUCUGUAUUCCCAAGGCACCACAGCAGCAGAGGAGGAGGAAGAGACGGCCCAACAUGGUUCCUUGCAAGAGGCACACGACGCUCCACCCGGUCAGUUUAGACGGGACGGCACCAGCAAGGACAGCAGUCACCAUACCUGGCAGCUGUCUCUGUAGAGGUAGAAGUCUCAUGUUUAAGGACAGUCUCGGUCCAUGGCAUGGAGGAAUCCCCUAAACCCAUGGUCAUCGCGAUAGCCUUCUUCAUAUCAUUCUUCCGGACCCACCGAGGUCUUGUAUAGUACCAUAUGUUAAACGUACCACUCCAUCGCUACUUUCGUCGAGGGCAUUUUUGUAUCGGCCACAUCUACCUAUAUAUAGCAUAAUCUGAUAAUGUAAAUCUCGUAUAGACGUCCGAGUAUGCUAUGCUGCAUUCUAACUGGACAGGUUGACGUGGCUUGUCAAUUGUGAAGGCCCUCUCGUAUUCUGCAAAUGUUGGUUCAUCUUGGGCUAUAUCUCUCAUCAC